AUGGAAUCUGAAGUACCUGAGAGUUAUACAAAGGAUGAGAUCGUCUGGGCAAAGAUAAGAGGAUACCCCUGGUGGCCUGGAAUUAUAGCUGAAGUGAUAAAAGAGAAAUAGUCAUCAGAACCUACAAAAUAUCUUGUCAAUUUUAUUGGAGAUAACUCACAAAGUUCCACAUUACCUUUUUAAAGUCUUGCCAAAUAUUAGGAGAAGUAUGAGGAAAUAGUUCAAAAAAUCAAGACUAAGCAACACAAAGAUUCGGUCACAGCAGCAGAUUAAAUUUUGAAAGGGUAAUCAACAUAUGAAAUUGAAUCAAAAAAAAUCUCUAAGAAAAAGAAUAUCACUAAAACAGUCAGUAAGCGUAAGAGAACAAGAUCAUCUUCGAGUGAAGAACACAGUGGAAUAUAUGGAUCAUCUAGAAAAUCGAAGAUGGAUUCCGAGGAUAUCACUAAACCUGACAAUUUCAGUUCAGAGAUUUAGGAGUUAUUGAAAUUGAUGGCUGAGACUAAAUUGAAUCCACACUAAAUAGAAACUAAAAUAUCAAGUCUGACUCAAAUUCUUGAUUUGGAUAGACCAGACAUAAUGGAAAUAUUAUAGGGACCGAAUGGAAAAUUUUUAAUGUAGAUACAAGCACGAUUGACUGAUAAAAAGAGUCUUUCUUAAGCGCAGAUCGAUUUUACACAGCUCCUUGAGAAAUUGAAAUCAAUUGUAUUGAGAACGUAUUUUGAUCCAACCGAAAUCAUCCAGUAAUUGCAUUAAGUAUCCGGUCAAAAGAAGAUCACUUAAAAGUUAUUAGAGAAAUUGUCAAAUCAGCCGAAUUUCAUUUUGGAUUCUGAAGAUGAUAGUGAAGAGUCAGAUUCAGAGGAAAGUGAUGGGGAAAGCGAGGAGGAUGAAUCAAGUGAAGAAUCAGUGAAAAAGGGAAAAUGUUAGAGACAGAUUCCUAUUACUAAACCAAUUAUUAGAAAAAAAUAAACUUAAAAUCAAUCGCCUAAGAAACCCAGAAAAUAGAGUCAGGAUAUUCCAAAUCCUUUGCUAAAAAACAAAGUGGUUUAGAAGAUCUCUGAGACUAUUUCAGAAUACAUUGACUAGAGUAUUCCAAAGAGAAUAAGUGAAGAUGUUGAGAGCAGGAUUAGGUUGUGUGAUUCAAAUAUGGGAUUUGUAUAUAAGAAAAAAUAUCGUACAAUUGUAGACAAUAUUAAAAAAUAAACCAAACAAGACUUAAUCAAUUUGUUAUAAAAUAGUUCAAAUUCAGAAUAGUUAUGGAAUCUUCUGAACGGUCAUACACAAAGUAUGAACCAGAGCGGCAACAAACAAAGUGAUUAUGAAUAAUAAUAUUCAUGA